AUACGUGUGCAUGUAUAACAUGUUGUUAAUGUUAUUACCCAUUCCUGCGUAAUGCAACCGAGUCUCCCUCUCUUCCACCAAUUACUGUCCUCUCUCUCUCUACAUCUUGAUUCUUUCUCUCUGGCCAAGGAUUAGAUCCUCUAUUUUCUCUCCCUAUAUCUCUUCCUCUCUCUCUAACCCAUAAACGCACGUUAUCUUUCAAUAGUGGUGACUGGUGAGGUCUGCUUUGCUCUGCUUCCCUUUAAAAUUCCGCAUACUCACUCUUACACCAUAAAUUUCAUUUCUCACUUUAUUUCUCUCUCACCGUCCUUUAAAUUUCUCAUCUUCCUUCAAACGGAUUUGGUUUAUUAUUUCGUAAAGAUGAAAAUUAGGGUUUGUGAGUUGUGUAAUGCAGAUGCUGCAGUUUAUUGUCGUUCAGAUUCUGCGUUUCUUUGCUGGGCCUGCGAUUCUAAGGUCCACCAGGCUAAUUUUCUCGUAGCUCGCCAUGUACGCCGGCCAAUUUGCUCCGAAUGCAAGGGGAUAAUCGGAGAAAGCAUACCCGGCCUCGGUUUUCAGCCGAUGUGUCGUUGUUCGCCGGCUUCGGCGGGUAAUGAUCUAGUUUCGCUCUCGUCUUCAGAGUCUUCGAUUUGCGUUUCGAGCACUACAACGAAGAAAAACGAAUAUUCCGGUCAUCGGGAACCUUGUGUAUUUAAUUCUUCCUCCGGCAACGACAAUUACGGCGAGUUUAAGUCGAAAUAUAUUACGAGAACUCAAAGGGGAAUGAUAGAAUUGAAGGUGAAAGGAAUUUUCGUCAAAUGGUGCGCGUUGCUUGGACGAAGCGGUGACGUGCCCGUACAGAUGGCUAGCGAUGCGCUGACGAUAUGUUUGAAUCAGUGGACGGUUUUUCCCUUCCGAGUUUGCCUAGCGGCUUCGAUGUGGUUCGGCUUGAGAUUCAGCGGGGAAUCGACACGGCAAUCUAUGAAGCGACUGGAGGAAAUUUCUGGCGUGCCGGCUAAGCUUAUAGCAGCCGCUGAAUCGAAGCUGGAACGUCUGCUUAAAGUCAAAAGACGACAGCAUCGGCACCAGCAUCAGCUGGUGGAAGGCUGGGGAGAGUGUUAAGGCUUAAUCGGCUUUCUACCGGCGAAGCCUUUUGUUACCUCUUAGUCAAAGAAAAUGUUUUUUUUUUUU